UGCACUGCGGUAAUAUGGCUCUUCCUUAGCCAGCGGCGGCGGCCGGCGGUGGGGUAGAGUGGCUCUGCCUCUCGGGUGACUGGUUUCUGGGCUGCAGGGGCUCAGCGGGUCGUGACUAGGCGGUGGUGGCGGAUGCCGGAGGAGCGCCGGCCCCGCCGCUUGGCGGCUCCCGGGUCAAGAUGAGCGCUUCAGCGUCGGUCGGGGGCCCGGUCCCCCCGCCGCCCCCGGGCCCGGCCGCCGCGCUGCCUCCCGGUUCUGCCGCGCGGGCCCUGCAUGUGGAGCUGCCGUCUCAGCAGCGACGUCUUAGACAUCUUCGGAACAUUGCUGCCCGGAACAUUAUUAAUAGGAAUGGCCAUCAACUCCUUGAUACCUACUUCACACUUCACUUGUGUAACACUGAAAAGGUAUAUAAAGGGAUCGAACCCGUGCCCCCUGCAUUAGAAGCGCAGAGUCUUAACCACUGGAUCGCCAGGGAAGUCCCAGAUGGCAUUAUUUUAAAAAGAGAAUUUUAUAGGAGUGAAGUGAUUAAGAAUUCCUUGAAUCCAACAUGGCGGAGUCUUGAUUUUGGAAUAAUGCCGGACCGUCUUGAUACAUCUGUGUCUUGUUUCGUGGUGAAGAUUUGGGGUGGAAAGGAGGAUAUCUACCAGCUGUUGAUUGAAUGGAAAGUCUGUUUGGAUGGGCUGAAAUAUUUGGGUCAGCAGGGUUAUUCAAAUGCUCAGAAGAGUAUUCUUCUUCAGGUGGAUCAGAACUGUGUUCGCAAUUCUUACGAUGUCUUCUCUUUGCUGCGGCUUCAUAGAGCCCAGUGUGCAAUUAAACAGACUCAGGUAACUGUUCAGAAAAUUGGAAAGGAAAUUGAAGAAAAACUAAGACUCACAUCUACAAGCAAUGAGCUGAAAAAAGAAAGUGAGUGCCUGCAGUUAAAAAUUUUGGUGCUUCGAAAUGAACUGGAAAGACAGAAGAAAGCUUUGGGACGGGAGGUGGCAUUACUGCAUAAGGAACAAAUUGCAUUACAGGACAAAGGAAGUGCAUUUUCGGCUGAGCACCUCAAGCUUCAACUCCAGAAGGAAUCCCUAAAUGAGCUGAGGAAGGAGUGUACUGCGAAAAGAGAACUCUUUCUGAAGACUAAUGCCCAGUUGACAAUUCGUUGCAGGCAAUUACUAUCUGAGCUUUCCUACAUUUACCCUAUUGAUUUGAAUGAGCAUAAGGAUUACUUUGUAUGUGGUGUCAAGUUGCCUAAUUCUGAGGACUUCCAAGCAAGAGAUGAUGGAAGCAUUGCUGUUGCCCUUGGUUACACUGCACAUUUGGUAUCAAUGAUUUCCUUUUUCCUACAAGUGCCCCUCAGAUAUCCUAUAAUUCAUAAGGGAUCUAGAUCAACAAUCAAAGAUAAUAUUAAUGACAAGCUGACUGAAAAGGAGAGAGAGUUUCCAUUAUACCCAAAAGGAGGGGAGAAGUUGCAGUUUGAUUACGGUGUCUAUCUUCUGAACAAAAAUAUAGCACAGCUAAGAUAUCAACAUGGACUAGGGACUCCAGACUUGAGGCAAACCCUCCCUAACCUGAAAAACUUCAUGGAGCAUGGACUAAUGGUCAGGUGCGACAGACAUCACACCUCCAGUGCAAUCCCUGUUCCAAAGAGACAAAGCUCCAUGUUUGGGGGUGUAGAUGUAGGCUUCUCUGGAGGGAUGCCUUCACCAGACAAAGGACACCGGAAACGGGCCAGCUCAGAGAAUGAGAGACUCCAGUACAAAACCCCUCCCCCCAGUUACAGCUCAGCAUUAGCCCAGCCUGUGACCACCGUCCCCUCCACAGGAGAAUCUGAGAGAAAGACAACAUCUCUGUCUUCCUCCUUGGACACCUCCUUGGACUUCUCCAAAGAAAACAAGAAAAAAGGGGUAGAUCUGGGUGACAGCUUCCAUGGAGGCCAUGUGGGUGUGAACACUAGCCAGGAACAGGGACAGGCCCUCCCGGGGCCUCCAGCCACAGUCAACGGCACCCUCCUGCCCAGCGAGCAGGCCGGCUCCUCCAGCGCCCAGCUUCCCGGGGGAUUCCACCCGGUCUCCGAAGCCGAGCUCUGCUGUACCGUGGAGCAAGCAGAAGAGAUCAUCGGGAUGGAAGCCACAGGCUUCACCUCAGGCGAUCAGCUGGAAGCAUUUAACUGCAUCCCCGUGGACAGUGCCGUGGCAGUGGAGUGUGACGAACAAGUUCUGGGAGAAUUUGAAGAGUUCUCCCGAAGGAUCUAUGCACUGAACGAAAAUGUAUCCAGCUUCCGCCGGCCACGCAGGAGUUCUGAUAAGUGAAGCGAGUGGACAGACGGUAGGACCAGGACAGAGUCACUGCUUGAAAUGAGGAUAAAGCUGCACUGGUUACCCUUUGUAAUAAUUAUGACACAAAAUGAAUAUUAAUGGAGGAUAUUCCUCACAAAAAUAGACUUUGUGAAUCGAGGAGGGACUCAGGAUCAUUGUGUAUCAGUGGGCCAAAGUUAGAUUUUGCUUGCAAGAUUUGCUUUUCAGGCCUGACAAUUAUUUUAAGGCAGAAGUCUAGCUCUAGUCACCUUAUAGGCAUUUGUCUGCUUUUUUAUUUACAUUUCUGUGUUAUCCUCAGAGGGAAGAUGAUAAUAUAUAAAUAAUAUAAUGAAUUCGUCUUUAGUUUCUUAUAAGCAUUUGCCCUCACCAUAGUUUAUGAAACUUUGGGAAAAUUGAAUAUUCAGUAAAAGGUCUCCACCAUCUACUGGAGGAUCUUUGGCCAUCCAUUAAGCUGAUGAAUAAGAAGCACAAUGGUCUCCUUAUACCCAGGCCCACCUGCCCCUGCCCCUGCCCCUGCCCCUGCUCCCAGACUCCACAGUCAACCUAGCUGUCGCCCCAUCUGCACAGUAGAUACCUUGUGCAUCCUGACGACUGAGGACAUCACAUUUGCUGGUUCUUUAAUGAAGUUGCCAUGACCUUCCAGUCAGCCAUACCCUUGAUGCAGCCCUCAGAUUAUAGGAAAGACCUCACCUCGGGUGGAUCCCAGGGGAUCCUCAAGGACCCCCGAGGUUACUAUAGUCAGAUGGCAUCCAGUUCCCUCUGGGGGCCAAAGUUAUGUGGGCAGAGGCUGUUGUCAAAAGCUGGGUGUGCUUUCUGGCAACACUCACCAUAUAGAAAUCCCUAUAUGUAAACCCCAUGUUAAUUUAUUAAAUUUCAGUUGGAAAAGAAGGCAUUGUAUAUGACGAAAUAUGUGUAGAGAGUCAGGCUGUGCAGUGUGCAAACUGCAAGGCAGUUGAGGUAGUUAGAUUAAGAGACUAGAUGAGGCAUAGAAUACUAUCGGUAUGUGUGCAAUUGCAUAAAUAUUAAAUUAUGUUUUUGAAGUACAUUUUCAUUCCUGGAGCUCAGAUAUCAUUUGCUAUUGCUAUAUACUUUAUAUACCCAAGGACAUCGCCUCAGGGUUGCAAGCUCUUUAAGGAAAUUUUAUGCUUAUAUCCGUGUAUUGUAUAGAAGAAUAAAAAUUGAGUUUACUUCACUCAACCUGA